AUGUCCAGUGACCAUAAAUCCAAAUUUGAUUUAGAACUUAAUCCUUUCGAAAGAUCAUUUGCUACUAAAGAAUCUUCGAGUGUAUCGUUAAAUGAGUUGGCAGCAGCUUCAAAUAAUGACGCUAUUUCUGAAGUAAAUAGUGUGGCCACUAGUGGAUCAUCAAUAAAGAAUGGCAGUUCCAGCAAUAAACACAACCUACAUAUUCCUAAUAUCUCCAGUGUCAACCAACAACAAGGUGUUAAUGGUAAAUUACCAGGUAUUACGCCUCCUUUGUUUACACCUGGAGGAAGAAGAUUGCCACCUAUAGGAUUAUCUCCCGGUGGCACAACAACCAGACAGUAUUCAAACAGCACAAAUAGUGGGAGUUUACCAAGUAACCCCGAUACUCUUGGUUCGAGCAUAUGGGGUGUAUUACCUACUAAUCAAACUUUUCAACAACAACAACAACAACAACAACAACAGCAGUCUCAGCCUCAGCCUCAUAAUUUCAACCAAUUUAUGUCAGGAAUGCGUAAAACCGGAUUAACACCAAACGAAUCAAAUAUUAGACUGGGAUUAACACCUGGUGGUUUAAAUAACUUUGGAUUUGGUAGUAAUUUAGUUCCUGGUUUAUCCACUCCAGGCGCAUUAUUGAAUGGACCCAUUACGCCUGGGUUAUCCAGUUUAUUAGGUAUUACACAAACCCCUCUGAGUUUAUUAAUCCCUACUACAAGCAGCUUUCUGCAAAAUAAUCUGUCCCAUUUAGUUCAACCAACUACAAAUAACUCAGUGGGACCAAUACCAGAGUCAACUGCUCUUGGUUCUCAAGUAAAUAUUCCUCAAACUCAACAACUUCAACUGGACCAAUCAUCUCAAGCGAUUGUUGGUGGACUUCCGCCAUCACAACCACAACCACAACAGCAUCAACAGCAACCAGUGAUAGCACAACAAAUUCAUACUAUUCCAGAGAACCAAUCUAUUGCAUUUGAUAUAAUUCCUGAAUCGAAGCCUGCUUCAUCAGAAACAACCAACUUGGAAACUGACUUAGCUACUACGAACACUACUACCAAAAAAAGAAAGAAUGACACUGCUGGUGCAAGUAAUAAAAAGCCUAAAGUUACCAAGGGCAAGAAAAAAGAACCGAAAUCAAAAUCAAAGGGUAAAAACAAUCGAGAAUUGAAUGAAGAUGAUCACCAGAAUUCAUUGAAUAAAGCAGAGGGCGAGAGUGUAUCUCAAAAAGAAAAUGGCAUUGAAGAAAACCAUAAUGUAGAAGUAGAACCAAAUGAAGGACAUUUAGAAAAUGGGGAUGAAACAACAUCCACUAAAUCAAACAAUAACACCACCACCACUACCACUACCACCACCAAUGGCACAACAACAACAACACCAACAACUACUAAAUCCAAAAAUAGGAAGAAUUCUUCUACAACUCUUACUGAAGAAGAUAAACGGAAAAAUUUCCUUGAACGAAAUCGUGUUGCUGCAUCUAAAUGUCGUCAACGUAAAAAAUUAUUAAUUCAAAAAAUGGAGGAAGAAUUAGAAUUUUAUUCAAAUGGUUAUAGAGAAUUAUCUGCUGAAGUAAAUAAAUUACGUGGUGCCAUAUUACUUUUAAAAAAAAAACAUAAUAUUCAAGAUGAAAUUAUUGAUGGAUUAUUACUGAAACCAAAUACUGUUCCAACAAACGUUACAUCAAUUCCAUCAACUAUACCAACUACUUUAAAUCCUACAUAG